GUUCUUUUCAAGUUGAAGCCCGGCACCCCGGCCGAGGUCAUCGAGAAAAUGCGCGCUGCGGGCAAUGCCAUGUUGGGCGUUGUCCCUGGUCUGAGGUCCUUCCACCUUGGCCCUCCUCUUGCCAGCACCGCCCACCGCGCGCAGGGCUACGACAUGGGUCUGGUCACCGUUCUAGAUACCGAGGAGCAGGUGUUAGGCUACGCGACGCAUCCUGCACAUCUCGUUCUCCAUAAUAUUCGCAUUGGCGUUUGCACGGAAACUCUGGCAUACGAUCUGGAGGUACCUGAGCUGCCCUAG